AUGACGCUCUUCAAAGCUUAUCUACAUGAACAUGCUUAUUUCCACUGUCCGCCUGUCAACAAUCACCAGACGGAUUUAGCUGUUGUGAAUGAUGUUGAUCUUGAGGUUGCGUUGUCUCGCUUCGGAGUGGGUUCGAAUGUCGCACAGAUAGCUGCCCGCCACGAUCCACACAUGGUCGACACUCUUAUCCAAAAACUAGAUGAAAUUCUCGGUGACUGCCCUUUACCAGAGACUUUGAAGGGGAGCUUCGAGGAUCGAUAUGACACAGAUGUCAUUUGGGAUGACGUGAUCAAUAAAGAGGUAGAUGCCAGGGCCAAUGUAGAUCGUGGACCUAUUUCAAUGCUGAGAAUAACCAUGGCACACCUCGGGAAACGUAUUAGAAUUGACAGACAAGUCCCACCUCCAGAUGCUCGAUCAACAGUCGACUUUAUGUUAUCCGUACGUACUCCAGAAACAGUGGAAGAGGCAUCAAAGAAGGUUCUAGUUGAGAUUCAAGCUUCCGACGUCUUUUUCAUUACUGAAAGCAAACAUCCUGCAUCGUCUGAAUCUGACAUGCCUAAUUGCCCGGCUGGCUUCAGUAUAAGCUUGAAUUCGCUGUCAGGUUCAAAUGCAUUGAAAGUAUUCGUUCAUAUGAGCUUGUACAGCUCUGAAUGGCUUGCAUUAACCUGUCAUACGAAAUGGGUUUUCUUUCGACUUCACACUCAUGGCCCGGGGGAAGCACCAUACGUCACUUAUUCCGCCGUCGAAGAGCAAGAAAACAACACCAGGCCCUUCCGUGCCUUGCUUGCAAUAUUGUUGGCCUUUUUCACCUGGGUGAAAGGAUUAAUGGCUCUGAAAACUACCACACUCAAAAGACCUAGAGGACACAUUUUGGAGACAGUGUUCGAUGACUUGGAUGAGCCCAAUAUUCACCUGUUGUGGGUCACUGCAAUGUCAUUCAUCACCAUCGUCGUCUCGCUUCCUCAUACUUUGGUGCCUCCGAAUGACCUGCUGGACACAACUGCAACGAAAUCGGGUACAAUGCGCACGGACGAUUACUGCAAUAACGUUCACGAGAAAGCGGCUUACAGCCAUAGGGACAAGGUCAUGCGCAUGUCACAUGGUCGUGCCAUCGUUCUAAUGCGGCUAAGACUCUCUUUACCACUCUCCUGUCCUGUAACUUCGUCUGAAGGCCGGAUCCACCAGGAAAUAGUCUCCGCCGUUAAUGAUGUCGAAGUUGAGCAAGCGUUGGCUCGUUGGGACUCGAAUCAUGCAGUAAUAGAGGCUCGCUACGAUGCACAAUUGGUCGAUGCACUUAUCAAUGUUCUCAAUGAGGAGCUCGGUGAAAAACCUAUCCCAGAUGUGGUCGACGGAUUGUUCGAGCAACACUAUCGCAGAGACAUGGGGGGAAAUCGUGUUAUUAGAAACGAACCAGACGCCAGAGACGCUGUAGUGCGUGGACCUGUGAUACCUCUCGAACUAAUUAUGUCAUCCUGCGGGGAUCCCAUUAAGGUCGGCAGGGAAAUCCCGGCUCCGAGUGUCGGAUCUAAAGUAGACUUUCUCUUUACCACGACGGGGGAGAGGAAGGCUUUACUCGAAAUGAAGUCUCCACGUGUCUUCGAUAUGGCUGCAGUUGUGCUUUUUGGACCGCCCAAGAACGAAGAUGACGAAGAUGGCCUUGACGGUGAAGAUGGCGAAGAUGACGAAGAUGACGAAGAUGACGAAGAUGACGAAGAUGAUGAAGGCGGCGAAGUUGGCUUCAAGGUAAAGUUGGAUUUGGACGACCCCAAGACAGGAAUGAAGGUCGUUAUGAAGGCGUGUGUGUACAUGAUCUUAUUCGGAUCAGAUUGGCUUGUGUUGUCGUGCUUCACAAAAUGGGUGUUUCUUCGACUCCACAGCCGUGGUGUAGGCGUAUUACCUUAUGUGACAUAUUCGACUAUUGAAAAGCAAGUAGACAAUACCAGGCCGCUCCGUGCAUUGGUUGGGAUGAUGCUUGCUAUUGCAAGGGACAUCGAUGUUCCCUCGAACGCCGACAUGGACGGGCGGCUUCGGCCAAUUCCAGCCGAUUAA